GCGAUUUUUGCUUUUGAUUCUUUUGUUUAUUGUUAUAUUGCUAUCUUGACUCUUUAGGUUAGUUGCUUUAAAGUUUUCCUUGGAAUUAAUGUAGAUUUUCGGAACAAGAGGAUAAUUGUGUAUUAUCAUGGAAGGAGUAGGACAAGGAAGUGAUGAUGUUCCGCCACUUGCGAAAUGGAAAAGUGAUUUUUCAAGGGCAUUUCAGUAUUAUCUGGACAGGUCUACGCCUCAUACCUUGCGGAGGUGGCUGGGUACAUUGGCAGUGGCGGCGAUUUACAUUUUGCGUGUUUACUAUGUUCAAGGGUUUUAUGUUGUGUCCUAUGGUGUGGGGAUCUACAUCUUGAAUCUCUUGAUUGGUUUCAUGUCUCCUAAGGUUGAUCCCGAGCUCCAACAUUUGGAUAGUGGUUCUUUGCCAACUAAGGGUUCUGAUGAAUUUAAGCCUUUUGUUCGCCGCCUUCCUGAAUUCAAGUUUUGGUAUGCCAUCACAAAGGCUUUUAUUGUUGCAUUUCUCAUGACCUUCUUCUCUGUAUUGGAUGUACCUGUUUUCUGGCCAAUAUUGCUGUGCUACUGGAUAUUUUUAUUCUUCCUUACAAUGAAACGUCAAAUCUUACACAUGAUCAAAUACAAGUAUGUUCCCUUGGAUCUUGGCAAGAAGAGGUACACUGGUAAGAAGUCGGGGAGUCAAAAUGGUCCUCCUAGAGACUGAAAGCUGCUGACAGACAACUACAAAGGUGAAUUCUCUAACUUUGAAAAGAGGAUUUGUGAAUAUUACAUUUAGAACCAAGUGUUGUAGUUCUAGUAAAGGGAGUUGACAGGAGUCUGUCCUGAAAAAUGUUUCCUGAUUCUGCAUGUAGACUACUUGAAGAAUAUAUUUUGAUACGCUAUAAUGUGUUUUUCUCUUUCUGAAAGUUCAAUUCUCAAUUAUGUGAACAUGAUAGCACCUUCUCUGAUGUGCUGUAAAUUACAUGUACUGAUGAUUACUACCAAAACUUUUCCUGUAUAUUCCCAUGAACUUGGCAAUGAAUUCUGCACAAAAGU